UAAUAAUUGUGUGUGUGCAAGUAUAUGAUGUGUGUGUGUUUGUAUCUGUUUGUUUCUUUUUCAUACCACAGGAUCCCACAGCAAGGUUAAAUGAUCACGUCAACCAGAAGAGUGUCUCCUGAUGCACCUGAAGUCCGGAUCUCCUUCAGCCUUGACCACACAUCAGACGCACGAGAUGCCGACGAUAUCGCUCAAACGUUCCCGGAUCUCGAACAACGACUUCAGCCGGUAUCGCCGUGCGUGUCCCUGAAGGAGAGCGUGCACGUGUACAAGGAACACUGCAGGAUGGCGAGGGAGUUCCACCAAGUCAAACACGACAUCGCCGCCCUGGAGGAACGCAAGUGUCAGCUUCUGGCCGAGCUGGUGGAGGACCAGAAGGUGGCGGCCGAGAUCUCCCGCCUGGAGGACGAGUUCCGGCGUCUGUCGGAGGAAAACCGCACGCUAGUGACGGCGCACGGUGAGCGGUCGCGCCAACUGCAGCGGCUACGCAGGCCCGACUCGUCCUGACCACACGCUCAGCUGGAAACUAGAAAAUCAAUUUUUUUGUAACGAUCCUGGCACAAAUGCGACAUUGUUGUCGGUUUGGUGCUGGGAUGUCGGCGGCCAUCUUUGUGGAAGCAGAGAUUAGCAUUUAAGCGCGUGUUAACCGCUAGGUUGUUUUUUUUUAAUGGGAGCUGCGUGGAGGCAGCCCGAGGUGCUGUGAUGUGGUCCAAACAGAGUUUAAGGCGGCAUUUGUGCAGAUGAAAACGGGCCUCCAUGAUAUGUGUGUGCAGUAUGUGCACGGUGCGUUUGAUGAAACUGGGAUUUCCGAAGGUUUACGCCGCUCGAAGUCAGACUUCCUACUUGCUUCCUUUUAUGUGUCGUUGUGUAGUUUGUCAGAAUUAUUGUUAGAUUGUGGGGGUGUAGAGUUGACUUUAGGAGAUUUGGCUUUAGGUUCAGGGGGUUAAGGUUAGGUUAAGGUUAGGAUUAGGUUCUUUUAGCAUUAAAUUGUUGUUGUUUAGGUGAUUAAGGUCAUGGUUAGGGUUGUUUUUAGGUUGUUAUGGUUAGGUUUAGUUACAUCAUGCAUAGGGGGUUAAAAUAGGGUUAGGGGUUAUAUUAGGUGCCAAAGAGUAACCAAAAAUUGUACUCACGUACUGUUACUUUACAGUAAUCUGACUCAAGUAAAAAGUGGUCCGCCAAAUAAUUCCUCAAAUAAGAGUAAUGUAUUUAUUUAAAAAAGUACUCAAGUAACUGGUGUGUAAUUUUAAGAUUUUUAUUUUUUUGUUUGUUUGUUUUUUUUUUUUUUUUA